AUGAAAUCCAUGCCUUUGGGCAUGAGGGCCCAUCACUGGGCUCUGUAUCUGUUGCUACUAGCGUGUAAUGCCUGGGCCUUCUACAUCCCUGGUUACUCGGUAACCAAGUACAACGACGACCAGCCAGUUCCCCUCCUUGUCAACAAAAUCUUUUCCGACCACACUCAGCUACAGUACGCCUAUUUCGAUCUUCCUUUCGUCUGUCCCCCCAGUGGCCGCAGUCAUGGUGGCUCACCGUUUGGAUCUGGCCAAAGCAUAUCCCUCAAUCUGGGUGAAGUUUUGCGCGGAGAUCGAAUCAUGACAUCCGACUUCCAGCUGAUCAUGGGCAAGAAUGUGGAGUGUCAGUCUCUAUGUACCGCAAAAGUCAGCCGCGCCGAUGUCAAAUGGGCCCGCCAACUGAUCGAAGAAAACUACGCAAUCGAGUGGAUUGUCGAUAACCUUCCAGGAGCGACGAGCUUUGUGACUGUGGAUCGUAGCCGCAGGUAUUAUGCGUCUGGCUUCAAGCUGGGCUACCGGGAAAUUUCUCCUGCCACCGGACAGCCGCGGUAUUUUAUAAAUAACCAUUUCACCAUUGUCAUUCGAUGGCGAAGCGCUUCGGACGGUGGCAAAGUCAUCGUCGGCUUUGAGGUCUACCCAAAGAGCAUCUCUGCAGAUGGUCGCAAAGAUGAUGGCUGUCCCAAAGCCGUCCACAAGGACUCCGAAGGCCUGUGUUUAUAUAUUGCGCCUGAUAUGGCUCAUUUGAAAGAGAAGUACGGCGGUCUUUCCUACGUCCCUGAAGAUGACGAAGAAGAUGACGGCGCCACGUUGGAUAUACCGUAUUCGUAUUCCGUCUAUUUCAGGGAAGAGAAGAAGAUUGAAUGGGCCAAUCGCUGGGAUCUGUAUUUUACCAAUCAGGAGGGAGGCUCAAUGACUCACUGGUUGGCCAUUGUCAACUCUCUGAUUAUUUCGACAGUGCUAGGUGUCACUGUCCUUGUGAUCUGGAGUCGGACUGUUCAAGGAGACAUCAAGGGUCGCGGCGACGGAGCCAUGGAAGAGCGAAAGAUGAAGGGACAAACCAGACGGAAGCGUCCGCAAGACUCCAAGAAUGAGGGUCUACUGGAGGGUGCAGAUGUCGAACACAAUGCCGACCUUUCAUCGGAUGAGGAGGGCUUUGAGGAUACAAGUGGAUGGAAGCUUCUCCACGGAGACGUGUUCCGAGUUCCGGCAUAUAAUGGCCUUCUGGCUCCACUCGUUGGAUCGGGUAUGCAGCUUCUCUUCAUGGCAACUGGUCUGCUCGCGCUGUCUUGCUUGGGCGUUUUGAACCCAAGCUUCCGGGGUGGAUUUGUCAGUGUUGGCAUGGGUCUUUUCGUGUUUGCCGGCCUCUUCUCGGGUUACUUCUCUGGGAGACUGUACAAGACCUUUGGUGGUUCUGCCUGGCGCAAGAACACACUGAUUACGGCAAUUCUGUUUCCCGGUCUCGCUUUUUGCCUCGUAUUCAUACUGAACUUGUUCGUUUGGGCUCAGGCAUCCAGCACCGCGAUUCCCUUCAGCACCCUUGUCGCUCUUCUUGCUCUCUGGCUGUUAAUCCAGGUCCCGCUGGUCUACCUCGGGAGCUACGUUGGCUAUGUGCGUGCCAGUCCCUGGGAGCAUCCCCUGCAGACCAGCGCAAUCCCUCGUCAAAUCCCACCCCAACCUUGGUAUCUACGCAGCCCUGCCGGCCCGCUACUUGCUGGCUCAAUCCCCUUUGCAGUUCUCUUCAUCGAACUCCUAUUCGUCUUUAAAAACCUAUGGCAAGAUAAAAGCGGGUACUAUUAUGUUUUCGGUUUCCUCAGCGUCGUCUCUGUUGUACUCUUAGUGACCGUCGUUGAGGUGACUGUGAUUGCUACUUAUAGCCAACUCUGCUCGGAGAACUAUCACUGGUGGUGGCAGAGCUUUGUCACGGGUGGAAGCAGCGCCUGCUGGAUUUUUGCCUACUGCAUCUGGUACUACAUGUUCAAGCUGCACAUCACCGGCUUUGUCUCGACCUUGCUCUUUUUCAGCUACAGCUUCCUUGCCUGUGCCGUGUACGGUCUUCUGACGGGGACUGUUGGUUUUUUGGCUGCAUAUGCGUUCGUACGGCGAGUCUACAGGUAUGACCUUGCUCGAAUCUCGUGUUCUGUCAAGACGGGUACUGAUUACAUCGAAACUUCAGUUCCGUAA